CCCCAUACAGUAUAACAUAAACUGGAGGACCCAAGCCGAAUUUUGGUAUAAAAUACCUUUGUCAUCGUCACGGACACCGCCGAGGGAGAAAUGGUUUCGCCAGUAACAGUUUGUCCCUGCAGAAAAACUGACGCCUCAAUCAAUGGGAGUGGAGUAGGUUACAGCUGAGACGAUACAUGCCGACUAAACCCAGACAAACUCCUUCAGAUACAGUCAAGAGUGAGGGCCCAAAGCUGGUGCCAUUCUUCAAGGCAACCUGUGUAUACUUUGUCCUGUGGCUGCCCACGUCAAGCCCAUCCUGGUUCAGCGCACUGAUCAAAUGUCUACCUAUCUUCUGCCUCUGGGUGUUUUUACUGGCACAUGGGUUCAGCUUCCUAGGUGCCAGCUCCAAUGCCCGCAAGAUCUUAGCUGGCCUCAUCUUUUCUGCUCUGGGUGACGCGUUUCUCAUCUGGCAGGAGCAGGGCUACUUUGUCCACGGCCUCCUGAUGUUUGCCAUCACCCACAUCCUCUACUCGGCUGCCUUCGGGAUGAAGCCCAUUAACGUGUCUGCUGGCCUGGUGAUCACCGCUGUGUCCUCCCUGAGCUACAUGCUGCUAUACCCCUACCUGUCCGGCCCCUUCACCUACCUGGUGGCCGUCUACAUCGCACUGAUCGGCUUCAUGGGCUGGAGGGCGGUCGCAGGACUGCAGCUGGCCAACGACCUGUGGACCUGGACCAAGCUGUGCGCCUGCCUGGGCGCCGUGCUCUUCAUGGUCUCCGACCUCACCAUCGCCGUCAAUAAGUUCUGCUUCCCCGUGCCCCAUUCGCGUGCCAUCAUCAUGGCCACCUACUACGCCGCCCAGAUGCUGAUAUCGCUGUCGGCCGUCGAGUGCCAGGACGCCGUGAUGGCCAGGAAGAGAUCAUGAGGUGCCGCGAGGCUGGGAAGGUGGUAGCCCCGCCCCCCCCCUUGACCCUGAGUGAUCAUGGACACAUCUCACUGCCAGAUCCACAGCCCUCAACCGCGCUCCCACACUGUUGUUCCCAUGACAACUGGUUCACUAGAGUCUUGGCUAACACCCUACUGCACCAUUAGUAUGUUAGUCUCACAUCUGUCUUCUAACCACAAACCUAUGGUAGUGUUAUCUCCAGACUGUCCCGACAACAGUCCUACCGGCCUCCUGCUAUCCUCGAAUGGCUGUCAAUUUAGUUACCAUGGAGACAAGCAUAGUGAUAUUAACCUGCUAUAUAUAGAGAGAGUAUCACUUUACUUUUUUACUGUUAUGUUUUAAUUUAAGGGAAGCAUGUCACUGGGGACCUUCAAGGAGUGUGUGUGUGUGUGUGUGUGUGUGUGUGUGUGUGAGAGAGCGAUUGUGUGUGUGUGUGGGAGAGCGGGAGAGCGAUUGUGUGUGUGUGUGUGUGUGGGAGAGCGAUUGUGUGUGUGUGAGCAUUAAUGUGUGUUUGUUUAACGCUCUUACCUCACUUCCAACACAGUCCCAUCACACACAGUCACCACACUGACUCCCACCAUACACAUUAUACUUCAUGUGGUCCAAUAUCACAUUUUAAAGUGACAAUAGACAACUUUGUAACUUUUCCGCCCAAGCGUUUCCAUCUGGUAUCAUUGUUGGCGCCACUGUCGCAAAGACGACCGGAUCGCUUUCCCUUUUCCUCAGAGCCUUAUUCAAACCAUCAGGGAAAAAGCAAGAACUAUUUUCAAAAAUAUUUUAUUGCAAUUCUUUCCCAAUGCUGCUUAGAGUUGCAGGUCUUGCCCCGUACGCAGGCAGUCUCUCCCUUGCGGCAACCGACACAAACGCUUAGCUUUAUGCCAAUUAAUGCAAUGACGUGGCCAAUAUGCAAAAGAGCGUCUGAUGUCAUCUUGUGACUUUUGGAGCUAAUGCUGUUAGCUGCUUUCAUUGGAAAAGAGUUGGCAACACUGCACAGGACACACUGCAUUUUAUUUUCCACGUCAAAAAUUGAUCCUUCAUUUUCCCGGGAGAUCGCACCUGGUGGCAGACAGAAUUGCAGAGUGGAAGCGAGACUUAUAGGGAACUAAUCUAAACGCCUGCAGUCAUUCUUCUACAGCCAUUACUUUGUGCAAUCAACAUUUAAACAUAAUGAAAAGUUAAAGCUAAAACAACUUGUCUAUUGCCACUUUAACAUCUUAUUUGUGUCUUUGUGUUGCUGCCUGAGACCUUGUUAAAAAGGGAUUUGUUUUUUCUUACUG